AUGAUGUCAUUCAAAUCAGUGCCACGAAAGCUCUGGGAGCAUUCAUCCCCAGAACAAAGUAAUAUGGACCGAUUUCGGCGAGCACUUGAAUUCAAGACUGGCCAAUCUUUUCAGAGCUUUCACGAUCUCUUUGAUUUUUCAGUCGAUCAUCGUGCGCUUUUCUGGGAUUUUUGUUGGAUGUAUUUUCGUCUCAUCCAUGAAGGAACCUACACUACAGUUGUCGAUGAAAAAGCGCCUAUAGACAGUAUCCCGAGAUGGUUUGAGGGAGUUCGCCUGAAUUUUGCAGAGAACCUGCUUUUUUCCUCGUUAUCGGGCACUUCCGGUAAGGAGGACGAUAAAGUUGCUCUUGUGGAAGUUCGUGAAGGUGCUUCCGAUCAGCCGGUUCGUGUGACGUGGGAAGAAUUGAGAAAGCGGACUGGCCGACUAAUGCAGGCAAUGAGAGUACAUGGAGUGGUCAAAGGGGAUCGGGUCGCAGUGUGCGCAAGCAACAGCGUUGAUACCUUGCUCGUUUUUCUUGCAGCCACAGCGAUCGGCGCCAUCUUCUCCUCCAGUUCAACAGAUAUGGGGGUUAAAGGAAUCCUCGAUCGCUUGCUCCAAAUCAGGCCUCGGUGGCUGUUUAUGGAUGAUACAGCUGUCUACAACGGUAAAACCACCGACCUGCGUCCGAAAAUAGCAGAAAUCGUGAAGGGCAUGCAGCCUAUUGAUGAGUUUGAAGGUGUCGUUUGCCAACCAAGGUUCGCGUUACAACCAGCGGAGUUAAAUCAUGUCCCUAAGUCUCGACCUCUGGCCGAAUUCUUGGGGGACGCAACGAGUGAUAUAUUGGAUUUUGAACGAGUGGCCUUCUCGGAUCCGUUUCUGAUUGUUUACUCGUCGGGUACGUCAGGUCAACCAAAGUGCAUAAUGCACUCGGUCGGCGGGGCAUUGUUGACCGCUCACAAAGAGGGUGGACUGCAUCAGGAAUUGGACAAAGACAGUAUUGUCUUGCAAUAUACGACAACGGGCUGGAUUAUGUAUCUGUCAUUGCUCCAAGCAUUACUAUUCGGAUCUCGAGUCAUACUUUACGACGGCAGUCCAUUUAUGCCGGAUAUUGCAUCCUUCAUCAAGCUUGCGGAUAUAGAACACGUUACUCACUUUGGAAUAUCCCCUCGAUACCUCGAGGAACUUAGGAGGUCUCUUGUCAAACCCAGAGAAAUAUGUGAUUUGAGCUCGCUCCAAAUUGUGACCAGCACCGGAAUGGUGCUUCCGGACUCUCUAUUUGAAUGGUUUUAUGACAGAGGUUUCCCUCCUCAUGUGCGUCUCAACAACAUAUCUGGAGGUACAGAUAUUGCUGGGAGCUUUGGCACCGGGAACUCCCUCCUCCCUGUAUACGUCGGGGGCUGCGCUGGAAAGAGCCUUGGGAUUCCUGUUGAAGUAUUUGACUCCACAAUAGAAGGGGAGGGUGUCAAGGGUUUCCGCGUCCAGGAUGGCAGCCCUGGUGAAUUAGUCGCAACGGCAGCCUUUCCAAACAUGCCGGUCGGGUUUUGGGGGCGAGACGGCGACAGGCGUUAUCAUGAAGCUUAUUUCACCCGAUUUGAAGGUGUCUGGACGCAUGGGGACUUUGUAUCUGUCCACCCAGUCACGAAACAGCUUACUUUUCACGGGCGCUCGGAUGGCGUGCUUAAUCCGUCCGGUAUACGAUUUGGGUCUUCGGAGAUCUAUCAAGUUAUAGAGGACAAUUUUGCCAACGAAGUUAUUGACUCGUUGUGUGUAGGCCAGCGCAGACCUUCGGAUAUCGACGAACGCGUCAUAUUGUUCCUUCUUAUGAAGCCAACUUUCCACUUCUCGAAAGAAUUGGUGAGCCGGGUCAAAUCUGCAAUACGUCAAAAGCUCAGCGCACGCCAUGUUCCAUCUUUUAUAUUCGAAACACCAGAGAUUCCAACCACUGUAAAUCUCAAGAAGGUUGAGCUUCCUGUGAAACAGAUUAUUUCAGGACGCAGAAUCAAGCCGUCUGGAACCCUCAUUAAUCCUGCAUGUCUCGAGUUUUAUUACCAAUUUGCGGAUGUUGAAAAACUUGUCUCAAAGGACAGCAAGCUCUAG